AUGCAUAUCAAACACAAAAAAGAACUCACAAAAUUUAGGCAAUUUUCGAACCUAAUUUACUUAUCCAACAUAACAUCAACGAUAAUCGGAAAUUUCAAUUUACCAUAUCAACCAUUACAACAAAGAAAGCCAGCCUCAUCAAAUCAAGAUCAAGAUCAACCAAAGCAUUUUAAAAUAAAUGACUAUCAACAACAACAAAAUCCCAAAAUUGAUGAAAAUCAAGAACAAAAACAGUAUUUUCAAAUACACAAGAAUCAACAGCAAUUAAAUAAAAAAACUCGGUCAAAAACAAACAUCAAUACAUCGAUUAAUACCAUGUACAAAUCGAAUUAA